AUGUUGAAGUUUAUAGGAUUUUCAAAUUCAGGAUUCAUAGUAUCUACUAAGGUAGCUGAAGAAAAUGUUUCUCAAAGAUAUGAGAAUGAGAUUAUGGAGUUUGGAACGAUUUUGUCAAGUAAGAUGCGUUAUUUAUUGGUGGAGGAAAAGGUGUUAGCACAGCAGUUACAAUCUCCAAUGCCAUUACAAAUCUCUAUGCAACGGUAUUCGGACAGAGUGUAA